GUUCGUUUGGACCCUGUCGCGUCCGGAAGGGUUAGCUGUGAACACAGGAAGUACGUUCGAGUCAGCCGGAGACGAGCAGGUUGUAAAACCCCAAUACAUCCAGUGUUGUCAACAAAGACAUUUCAUAUAAUUUGGAAUUGUAUUAAAUUGUUUAUUCAAGAUGCUGAUCAAAGUUAAGACUCUCACCGGAAAAGAAAUAGAGAUCGACAUUGAGCCCACAGACAAGGUGGAGCGAAUUAAGGAGAGGGUGGAGGAGAAGGAAGGAAUCCCCCCACAGCAACAGAGACUCAUCUACAGCGGCAAACAGAUGAACGAUGAGAAGACAGCUGCAGACUACAAGAUCCAAGGAGGCUCGGUGCUCCACCUUGUGUUGGCGCUACGAGGCGGCUCAACGCCGCGCAGGCCCUGCACACGCUGCUCCUCUUUGUCAUGAGUAGCUGUUGUUUUGGGGGCCUGAGAUCUGAAAUCUCUGACCGACGCAGAGAAGAAAAAAAAAUUAAGAAAAAAAGACGUUCUAAUUUCUUUGCAGAUGUUUUUUUGUAAACACACAGUGGCUUUCUGAGUUGAUGCAGGCACCCAUGCAGUACAAAAGACAGUUGAUACACUCUGUGGUCUAUUUGUUUGUGAAUAAAUACUGAAGUUGA